AUGUUCUGGGGUGCGCUAUUACUCCUGUUCUCGAGUAAUGUCGUUGCCGAGCGUCAUGAUGCGGACUUGAUGUCCUUUGUGACGCUCCCAGAGGUCCGAGCCUUGAAAUGGGAAAUCACCUACUACGACCGCGAGCGCAUGGCCCCUGGCUACUGGUUCGUCGCGCCGUACGGUCAGAUCUCUCCGGAACAUCCCACCCAGAAGUACCAGCAGUACCAAGUCGGACCCUAUAUCUACGAUGACAACGGCGUCUUGAUCUGGGCUGGAUCGCCCUUGUACGACAACCACAAUACUUUCGAUUUCAAGCCGGUGCACAAUAUCGAUGACGACCCGCAUCUGUCGUUUAUUGUGGGGUGGGAAUUCGACAAUUCAAAGAAGGGCCAUGGUGCUAUUGUGAACAACAAGUAUGAGGUGGAGAAGGAGGUCCAGGUUGUCAAUGAGCUCCAUGACUUCAACAUGCACGAGUUCAACAUUAUGGACGGUGGAAAGACUGCUCUGGCCUGUACCUACCGGAGCCAGGUGGUCAACAUGGCAGAUUUCGGUCGCCCUACGGAAGAGAGUUGGGUGACGACUGGUGGGUUUGUCGAGUUGGACGUUGAGACUAGCGAAGUUCUUGUCCAGUGGGACUCGUACGACAAGAUUGCCUUGCAUGAAUCGAACAUGUUCAACGCGUGGGACAACCCCGCCGGAGAGCCCGGUUGGGAUUACGUGCACAUCAACGCAGUCGACAAGAAUGAGGCCGGUGACUAUCUGAUCUCCUUACGUUUCACCAACACUAUCUACUUGAUUUCUGGCCAGGAUGGAAACAUCGUCUGGCGGCUGGGUGGAUUGGAGAGCAACUUCGACCAGGACUUCACCUUCUCCAAGCAGCACGAUGUUAAGUUUGUCUCUUCGAACGGCACCCACCAUGUUAUCUCAGUCCUGAACAACGCUUCCGACGAACGGGGCAACGACGAGAAUGUCUCAGCCGCUUUGAUUAUCGAGCUGGACACCGCCGUCGUUCCCAUGACUGCCAGAGUGAUCCGCCGUAUCAACCGCCCUGACAGCGGUCUCACCCGACUCCGUGGUAGCGUGCGUGUCCUCCCCAACGAGAACAUCUUCGUCGGAUGGAGUGAGCGCGGCUAUUCCAGCGAGCACGCCUCGAAUGGCGAUCUUCUAAUGACCGCCCGCUUCGCUUCCGAGCGGUACUCGACCUACCGCUCUUUUAAGGGCGAAUUCACCGGCCGCCCAUCUGCCCCGCCCGACCUGGUCGCAUCCGUCUACGGAACCGACGAAGAGGACACCACAACCCUCCUCUACGUCAGCUGGAACGGAGCAACCGAUGUCGUCAAAUGGAACUUCUAUGCGCAGGCCUACGACCGCGGCGAACCCGUGUUCAUCGGCUCCGUCAACAAGACCGACUUCGAGACCAUGUUCAUCGCCGACGGCUACAUGGACUGGGUUUCUGCCCAGGCUAUUGAUGCCGACGGCAAUGUCAUGCAUACCUCCAUGACCGUGCGUACCGAAAUCCCCACCAACUGGAAGAGUGCUGGCUGGGAGGGAAACGCCUCCGGACCUAGCCCCGACGACCCAUCCAUCAUCGCCGCAGCCAUCAAGAACCUAGGCUCUUCCUCCGGCAGCAGCUCUGACAGCGACAGCGACAGCAACGCCGUCAGCGGCGAUGAAUCAGCUGACCUAAUUAACGACGGCACCUCGACUGGCUCUAGCGGCUCUAGCAGCCACAGCAACUCCCAGUACGCCGACGCAAAGGAAGUCGCCAAAGCAGUCUACAUGGCCUACGACAUCAUCCGCGGCGUAGGCAGUCUCCUAAUCUUCAUCCUGGUAGUCUGCACCCUCGGCGGUGCAGGCUACGCAAUCUGGCGCGUUAUCCGCGCUCGCCGCUCGCGCUCUUACCAGCACGUCCCCUCCGAGGAGGGACUUCCCACAGAAGAGAUCCACCUCACCUCCGCUCCCCGGGAGUAA